CGGCCGGGCGAGGGCGGAGCCGCCGCUGCCGGGGUCUGACCGGCGGGGCCGGACGGAGCGGGGUGGCGGGGCGGCGCUCAGUGCUCCCGGCCGGCCGAGCAGGCGGCGCCGGCUCCAGCGCCAUGGGGCGGCUGGCGGCUCUUACCUUGCUGGGCAUGGCGCUGGCGCUCCUGGGCGAGAGGCUCCUGCUGUUCAGAAAUCGACUUAAAACCUCCAGAGAAAUAGAAUCCUUAGACCUUCCAAACUGCCGCCUGAUUAAAGGAAUUGAAGCUGGCUCUGAAGAUAUUGACAUCCUUCCGAACGGUCUGGCUUUCUUUAGUGUGGGUCUAAAAUUUCCGGGACUCCACAGCUUUGCACCAGAUAAGCCUGGAGGAAUACUAAUGAUGGAUCUAAAAGAAGAAAACCCAAGGGCACUGGAAUUAAGAAUCAGCCGUGGAUUUAAUUUGGCUUCAUUUAAUCCACAUGGUAUCAGCACUUUCAUAGACACUGAUGACACAGUUUAUCUCUUUGUUGUAAACCACCCAGAAUUCAGGAAUACAGUGGAAAUUUUUAAAUUUGAAGAAGAAGACAAUUCUCUUUUACACCUAAAAACAAUCAAACAUGAGCUUCUUCCAAGUGUGAAUGAUAUCGUGGCUGUUGGACCAGCACAUUUCUAUGCCACUAAUGACCACUAUUUCUCUGAUACUUUCUUAAAGUAUUUGGAAACAUACUUGAAUUUACACUGGACAAAUGUUGUUUACUACAGUCCAAAUGAAGUUAAAGUGGUAGCAGAAGGAUUUGAUACAGCAAAUGGGAUCAAUAUUUCACCUGAUAAAAAGUACAUCUAUGUUGCUGAUAUAUUGGCUCAUGAAAUUCAUGUUUUGGAAAAACACCCUAAUAUGAAUUUAACUCAUUUGAAGGUGCUCGAAUUGGAUACACUGGUGGAUAAUUUAUCUAUCGAUCCUUCCUCGGGGGACAUCUUGGUAGGCUGUCAUCCGAAUGGCCAGAAGCUUUUGGUUUAUGACCCGAACAAUCCUCCUUCAUCAGAGGUUCUCCGCAUCCAGAAUAUUCUAUCUGAGAAGCCUACCGUGACUACAGUUUAUGCCAACAACGGAUCUGUUCUCCAGGGAAGUUCUGUGGCCUCAGUAUAUGACAGGAAGCUGCUCAUAGGCACUUUAUACCACAGAGCCCUGUACUGUGAACUCUAAACCGUACUUUUCAUAUGCAAGUGUGUUAACUUCUCUUCAUAAUUAAUUUUCUAUAGAUUGCCAAUUCUGAGGGAAUUUAGCAAAGUUGACCCAGAAACAUAUGACACGUAUCAUUAAUUUUAUUUCAGUAAGGAAAGGGCCCUUCAGUUCUUAUAGCACUUUUAAUAUCAAAGGAAAAUGAGCAGUUUUUAAAAAUGCUGAGUAAAGGAGAGAGAAGAAAGGUGCUUUUGGUAAAGUGAAUAUACUUUGCACAAAAUAAGCCUCACCUCUGCCUUCUAACUGCCAGAGCAUGAAUUCCACUGAAACAGGGUAGAUUGCAUAACUUUAAAAUGUGAGUGACCUCAACUCCAGCAGUGUGACCCCGGGACUGUUCAGAACUACUGAUAGAGAACAUGUUUUGAUGUCUUAUACUUACAUAUUUGUUUACUGUUAAAGAAUUGGAAUUAUAUUAAACACUAACUAAAAUCCAAA